AUGGCCUCAUCAGUCAAGCACUUUUGUACAAUUUGUGAAUAUGAUGGAAUCUCUAAUACAGCAGUCACGUGGUGUACAGAAUGUGAAGUUUUCUUUUGUGGAGACUGUGAAAAAACUCACAGCAAGUCAGGACUGUCUAAACAUCAUAAAACCAUGUCAGCUGACAAUUACAAAAAGUUACCUACAUUCAUGCAACAAAUAAGUAGUCAGUGCAGAGACCACAAUACGAUGAUUGAAUUUUACUGUUCUUUCCAUGCCUGUCCAUGCUGUGUAGAGUGUGUCACUGAUAAACAUAAAAAAUGCCAAGACAUGAAACACUUGUCUGAUACCCUACAGCAAGUAAAAGCAUCUGCUUCUGUUCAACUUUUUGAAAAAGAUUUGAAAAAUGUAAAGGAAAACUUAGAUACAGCCAUUAUGUACCUGAAAACCAGAAUCAGCACCAUCAAUAUUCAGAAAACCAAAGCCAUUGAGGAAAUCAGUUAUAUGAGGAAGUCGAUCAAUGAUUACUUAAACAAAUUAGAGCAAAACAUACUUAAUGACUUAGAGUCUAAACAUUCAAAACUGAGAGCAAACAUGGCCACUAUCCUGCAACAAAUGGAACAGGGAGCCAGUCAGAUAGACCAAAUGCAGAGUCAGUUUACCAAUCUGGUACAACAUGCAACAGAGCUACAGAUGUAUAUUGGUCUUAAGGAAAUUGAGAAAACUGCAAAAUAUAUAGGAGAUUUAGAGAGUGCAGGACACUUCACAGAAAAGAAUCUAGAGGUCAACAUUUCAUCUGCUCUUCAAUCAUUUUUACAAGAUGUGAAAUCAUUUGGAGAUAUUAAUAUCAAUACCACAUCUUCUACACUUCGAUUAAAGACCGAAAGAAAGAAUCAAGCCCAGAACUUGGUUCCAGAAGUUCCUGGAAUUGACCAAAUAAAGCCAUCCUUGUUGACAAGACUACAGAAUCAAGCCCAGCACUUGGUUCCAGAAGUUCCUGGAAUUGAACAAAUAAAGCCAUCCUUGUUGACAAGACUAACAAGUCCAAAAGAUAUGAAGUUAAAUAUAUGGGCCUGUCAUAUAUUACCUGAUAGCAGAAUUAUAAUACUUGAUAACAACAAAAAACAACUAGUGCUAUUCAGUAACGAUGGCAUCUUCAUCAGAAAUGUAUUUACAUUCUCAAAGAAUCCUUGUGAUGUUUGCUUUGUCAGAAAUUAUACAGUGGCUGUUACAUUAAGAUCAGCAAACCAGAUAGCUUUGGUUGAUGUUGAAAAGAAUAAAAUUAUUCAAACAAUUAAACUUUCUCAUGAAGGUUAUGGAGUAGCAGGUGAUGGUAAAGCUUUGGUGAUCACCAGUGCUGGCAGCCAAUGUACUACAGUGAAUCUGAAUGACAUGUCUCAUACCAUCUUAGAAGGAAUGGAAGGAGUGGGACCUAUUGCAUUAUUCCAAGGAAAUAUCUAUGGUAUCAAUUAUCAUGAAAACAAAGUCAGCUGUUAUAGAAUUACUGGAGAACCUUUGUGGACAUAUCAGAACUCAGACGUUGCCAAACCAAGAGGACUUUCAUUAGACAAGAACGGCUUUGUUUAUAUAGCUUCCAAUGGAAACAACAGUAUCGUGGUAGUAUCACCAGAUGGCAGAACAUGUAAGAGAAUAUUGUCAGGAUCUGAUGGAAUCAAAGAUCCAUGGCAAAUAAAUAUCAACAGAGAAACAGGAAUAAUGAUAGUGUCAAGUAGAAAGAGUGAUGAUGACAGUGUUUCAGACUAUGAAACAGCUUUUGUUUAUAAAAUUUAA